AGCCGUGGAGUGGCGUGCAUGUGCAGCAGCUCCCCCUGCUGAAGGGCUGAGAGGCGCACUGGGGCCGCCAGCUGGGCUAGGAGCGGAGUGGGGUCAGGAUGGACGAGGACGUGCUGACCACUCUGAAAAUCCUCAUCAUCGGCGAGAGUGGGGUGGGCAAGUCCAGCCUGCUCUUGAGGUUCACAGAUGAUACGUUUGAUCCAGAACUUGCAGCAACAAUAGGUGUUGACUUUAAGGUGAAAACAAUUUCAGUGGAUGGAAAUAAGGCUAAACUUGCAAUAUGGGAUACUGCUGGUCAAGAGAGGUUUAGAGCAUUAACUCCCAGCUAUUACAGAGGUGCACAGGGUGUUAUAUUAGUUUAUGAUGUCACAAGAAGAGACACAUUUGUUAAACUGGAUAAUUGGUUAAAUGAAUUGGAAACAUACUGUACAAGAAAUGACAUAGUAAACAUGCUAGUUGGAAAUAAAAUUGAUAAGGAAAAUCGUGAAGUAGAUAGAAAUGAAGGCCUGAAAUUUGCACGAAAGCAUUCCAUGUUGUUUAUAGAGGCAAGUGCAAAAACCUGUGAUAGUGUACAAUGUGCCUUUGAAGAACUUGUUGAAAAGAUCAUUCAGACCCCUGGACUGUGGGAGAGUGAGAACCAGAAUAAAGGAGUCAAACUGUCACACAGGGAAGAAGGCCAAGGAGGAGGAGCCUGGGGUGGUUAUUGUUCUGUGUUACAAACUCUGGGAAAUUCCAUCUCUUGCAUAUUUGAUCAGAUAGUUACAUCUUUCUGUAUAUAAACUCUUUAACUGCUAUUUUAGGGACCUUGCAGUUUACACAUAGUUAUUUUAUAUUAUAGCAGUAAAUAUUUGCAAGAAAUCCCACUCAUCGGCCCCAGGUAAAAUGUUAUGGUAAGCAUGCACAGUUUGCAGUCUGCGGUUUUUUAUGUGGCACAAAAUAGGUGUUCCUUUAUAAGUACAUUCAAUUUUAUGAUUUACAUUUAUCAUGUAAUUAAAAAAUCCAUCUACUAUAUGUUGAUACAAAGUCUGCUUUUGGUAUUCUUUUUGCUUAAAUACUCCUAUUAAUUUCUGAUUACUUGGUACGUAGAACUCCUAGAACCACAGGGAAGAAUAGAGGUAUCAUCAAACAUGGCGAAUUUUCUCUCAGGAAUAAUAAAGGGCAUGAUUCCACAGCUUUU